AUGGCUGGUGUUGUUCCGACAGAUGCCGAUCAGUCAGACAUGAUGAUCUGUAGUGGGGAAAAACCAGUAGGAUAUCUAGUCAUGUCUGGCAAGAGUAAACAUAAGAUGUAUACCUCGAAUGGGGGAAGUUAUUCGGCCUUGACGGGGAGUUGUAGCUGCUCGUCCUUAUUCACCAGAACGUCCAGCGAUUUCAGCGAUAUAUUGACUUGCAAUACCAAGCCAAAUAUCAAUCUACUUGCGGGAGGGGUUUUACCCUUCUGCUGGCGUGGGUACUCCGACGACGCAGCCAGCGGUACGGCUAUUGACUCUGCAAGCUGCCCUAAGCUACGCAAGCCGAUGCCUGCUAGCGCGGACUCCGUCCAAGCCCAACUCUGUUAUGGAGGAAAUCAGGUGGGUAUACUAUACGACAAUCAAGACAUGCUGCCUGCUUCAGGCAAGUCAGAAGAUACCAUUCAAGGGUGUGAAUGUACUUCGCGCACAACUUCACCCCACAAGGACGGCAUCAGUUAUUUGAAGUGCCAAAAUACUACUCCUCGCUUACCGGGUGUCAAAGAUCCAAAUAAGAUUGUCUGCGUGAACCCUCUUGUCUCCUGCUCCGUCGCGUGA